AUGGUUAAUGAUCAGGAAAUAUCUUUUCAAAGAUUUGUUUUACUAAUUGAAGCAUUAAAAGAGAUUGAAUUAGAAAUAAAAAUUAAUGAUACAUAUGAAAAUGGUUCAAGAAUAGGAUUAAAAUAUUUUUUAAUAUUUUAUAACAAUAAACUUGAAGCAUUGAUACCAUCAAAAAUGAAAAAUUACAUAAAUCAAGAGUUAGAAACAUAUAAAUUAAUGAAUAAUUCAUUAAAAAUUGUAUUUCUUAGUUUAAUUAAAGAUGCUUCCUCUUUUGAAAAAUACUUAUUACAACUUAUAAAGUAUGCUGAAGUUUUGAAUUUAGAACCAAUUUCAGUUGUUACAAUAUUUAUUUCAAAUACAAGUAACUAUUUAACUGAUGAAGAAGAAAUUCUAUCUUACAAAGAAUUAGGUUUUGAUUUAGAAAAUUGGAAAUUAUUUACAAAAUUUUUAGACAACAAAUAUGGAUUUAAUCAAACUAAUAACACCACAAAUAUGUUUUCUGAGAAUAUAUCUAAUUUUGAUUUUACUUCUAAUAAUUACACAAAUAAGAGUAUAUUGUUUUAUGAUAAAAAAAUUAAAUUACCACUAAAAACGAGUACUCCAAAAAUGAGUCAAAUCUCACUUUACAAUAGUCAAGAUUUUGAUAAUCUAUCAAAUGUGAUAUUUGAAAGUACCAUUAAAAAUAGUCAAAGUUAUAUAAAAAAAGAAGAAACUUCAUUCAUUUCAUGUUUAGAAAAUGAUGAUAAUUUGAUGAAUAUAUUAAAAGAAAACUCAAAAACAAAUAACGGCAAACAGAUAAAUGAUAUCAAAGGUAAAAUUUCAAGUUUUUUUAUGGAAAAUCCAAAAUUAAAUGUGAAGUAUAAAGAAAUUACACAAAAAAAUCAAUACAAUAGUAUAAUCCACCAUAAACAAGAUGGUAAAUUUUAUCUUGAAUUUUAUAAAGUUAAUAAUAGACAUGGUUUUAUAUAUCAUUUUUAUGGAUUUUCAAAUAAUGUUCCAGUAAAUGGAAUUGUUAAAAGGACAACAAAGGCAAAAGAAUUUCAAACAACUAAAAUGCUUUCAAUUUUAAGUAUUUUAAAUACAACUGAAAAAUAUGGAUUAAAAUCAAUAAUGAUAUUUCAUAGUGAUAAAACAUUACAUGAAAAAAUUAAAGACUAUGAAAAAUCUUUAAAUGCUACUGAAAAUUUAGUCUAUAAGAAGAUAAAAGAAAUUAGCUUGCAUGUUGAAGUUUUUAUAAUUUUAAUUAAUGAGGAAGUAAAAAUUGAGGAAAUGGAAUUGAUAUUAUUUACUUCAAUGAAAUUGAUACCUAAUAUAGAAUUUGAAAAAAAAAAUUAUAAGUCUAGUAAUGUUGGAUUACCUUUAUGUAUCUAUUUAUAA